AUGCCGCUAGAUUCGGCAGCCAAGGAGAACCGAGCACCUCGACCGGCCAAGAUGGCAAAGGGCAAGGUCUCAGUCGGAAGUCUCUUCGACCAACAAGACCGCAUCACCAAAGGCUCUAGUCGAAAGGAUAUCCGCGCUCCGCGCGACGGCGGCAUCUCCAAGACUCACCGGCCGACGAACCAUUUCUCGCAGUACACGAAACCGAAGAAGCCAGCGUUUCAUCCAGCGUAUCUCAGCUUCGCAGAAACAUCGAACGACUACCGCAGUGCACUUGGUGUGGCCAACGAUCAGCAGCUCAAGCCGAUCCACGAUGAACUCGUUGCGCGUGUUGAUGGUUUCAAUGUUCACAGCAGGACGGCGGAGGAGGCUUCAGGCCUGCCAACUGAUGCCGACUAUGACGCGCUCGGAGAAGAUCAUGCCGCGCUCUCGAGGCUCCUAGACGACGACGAGAUGAUCGUCCAGACCCAGCACAAGGACGGCACCAAGACGAAGAAACAAGUCAAGCUCGGCGACACCAUGCAGGCUUUCGAGAAGAUGGCCGCCACGAAGCGAGCCGAGCUGCAGCGCCUAUGCAAGGACUUGAAAGACGUCGUCGCUGAAAUCUCUGCAACCAGGGAGAGCAUCGUUGCUACAGAGGCGAGCGAUGUGAAGAGGGCAAGGAAGACUUUCAAGGCCGAGCUUGCGUCUAUUGCACAGGAUGCUGGCGCGGUGAGGGAACAGCUUCACGGCGAGGUCGAGGAAGCAAGGAAGGAUGAUCAAGCGUUCAGAGCUAAGAUUCGCAAAGUCUUCGACCAGCUCAUGGCGGAGAUGGACGAGAUGGAGUGA